AUGGCUGGACCAGAGGAGACGCCCGAUGUGAAAACGAAUGGAAUCAAAAGAGCCUCGCCGGAGGUGAACUUCUGGCAGCAGAAAAAGUUCAAAACGGAGGAGUUGCCAUUGUCUGCGGCGCAACAUACGGCGCUCGAGAAUCUGUUGCAUUCUUUUAAGAAAAAGGGUGGCUUUGACAACGUACGCAAGAAGAUAUGGGCUGAUUUCGACGGAGGGGAACACAAGACGGAGUUUACACAACUACUGGUUGAACUAGCAGACUCGCAGAUCGAUCAAGAACCAGAGCUUCUAUCGCGUGAACGCGGUAAGGCAGCGACGCUGAUCGAAGGAGCGGCGGACCGCAACAACGUCUACAAAACCGUGGAAAAAUCGAUUGAAACGAUAGCGACGAAUCACAUUGAUUUCAUCCUAAAUUCAGUCCGGGAGAUCCGUCGCAACGAAAUCGGCGAGGAAUCCGCGGCACAAGAAGAGCAAAAUGGCAAUAAAACCGACGAGGAAUAUGCAGCCGUCAUUCAAGCCAAGCGGGACGAGCGCGAAAAGGCUCACCAGGAAGCUAUGCGCAAACAAAAAAUGAUCGAUGAUGAGAAAAAGAGGAUGAAAGAUGAGGAGGAUCAGAAGAAACGCGAGAUUCAGCGCCAGAAGGACGAGGAGGAUCGAGUUAGACGGAAAGAGCGGGAUGAACAGAGGCGUGCUGAGCGCGAGCGUCUGCGCGAAGAACAACACAAAAUUGACGAGCAAAGAGAUCGAGGACGAGACGACAGAUACGAGCGACGUCGACGAGAAGAGCGCGAGAGAUAUCGGGAUUGGGGCCGCGAGCGCAGUCGCAGUCGCAGCCGGACUAGGGAUAGGGAGAAGGAUAGAGAACGAGAGCGAGAGCGAGAUAGAGACAGAGACCGGAACAGGAAUUGGGAUAGCUACCGGGCUCGUGACCGCUCCCCAAGCCGUCGUUCUGACCGUGCCGUGUCCGAGCGACCUCGCGAUUUGAAGACAAAGUCCACGGACCCGACGCCUGCGCCCCCGCAACCACAACCGCCCGUGGAUGAAAAAUCACUUGAAGAAGCAGCUCUACAAAUGCUGUUGAAAGAAGGUGAAGAGCUUGCAGCGAAAGCUCGACAGAAGCCCGAGUUUGAUUUCGAGAAAGCGGAGGCUGUUGAGAACGGC